AAUCAGCAAAUUUUAGCUACAAAAACUUAAAUGCUCGACUGAUUUUCCGCCCAUUUUCUUGUAAGAUUUACAACUCAAUUAACAACUAAUCGAUCGUAACAAUCUCUCGAACAUAAACAUAACCGGCUUGUCUUCGAGUUUGAUGCCUAAACGCAUUUGACAUUUAUUCCGAUUAGUAGCAAGAACAAAAGGAAGCUAACAAAAGAUAUUCGCUAACGAUACUAAGAUCAUAUCUACAGCAAUUUAUGCUUGUGACAUCUGCCUAAAUAGUUAUAACAAUAGCUAUUGCUCGCGCAUUUGACAAUGCUAAGUUGAGAUUAAGUAUAAAAGGUUUCUGCUGACCUCAAGACAUCGUUAGUCAGCCAAAAGUUUCGAAACUAUUCACUUUUCAGAACGUAAAGAAAAACUCCGAAAUCUAAAGCAAUGAAGUGGUUAUCGUUGUUCUUCGUUUUCGGCCUGCUCGCCGUGAUCGGCAGCAUGGGUUCGUUAGCCCACGCCAAACCCUUUCCUGAGCCACGUGGACGUCCGCCAACCACUACACGUCGCCCACCCACUACCGACACCAAUGACGCUGGUGUGCGGCGCUAGCCGCAGGAAGAUACAGAGGACAGUGAGGCAGCAGCGAGUGCAGAGUAUUGGAAUAGUAAGGAGCAGUAUAAGCCCAAACCCAUGAAAUGUUCAACACCGUUGAAGAAGGAUCGACGUAAAAUUAUUGUACAAUGUUAUGGUGAAGAAAAAUUGCAAUAUGUUGAAAUUGUAUUUGUUUGAGUGUUAGGAAUUGAAUUUUUUGGAUUGUUCUAAAUUUAAAGGUACACAAAAUUAUUUGUUUUCGCAUUUCAAUUAAUCACUAACCCAAAAAUUAAUACAUGAAUUGUUUAAUAAAUAAUUUUAUUUUCUAAAAGUA